AUGGCGGACGACGACUCUGUCGCAACAUCGCCGACACCAUCUCCCUCAGAGUUAUCUGAAAAUGAGAACCAGCGAACCCUCGCCGUGCGCAACAAGGGAAAGGCAGCCGCAGGCAGGCCGAAGCGGAAACGGGGCAAUGACAUUGGGGGGGAGCCAUCGACGAGCAGGCGCCGUACCAGGGAGCCUUCUGACGACGAAGAUGAGGAGGAGAGUGAAGAAGAGAAGGCUUUCGAUCCGGACCAGCCGAUGGAGGAGCGGAGGCGCAUUCAGCGAGGACUCCGCGACCUACAGCGGGACCUGCAGGAAAACCCGGACGAGUACCUUCAGGCGGAUCCGAAAGCGCUGCUGGACUACUUCGAAAAGUCGGAACAGCUUCUCGAGGGCGUCAAGCAGACGAGUGAGGCCGCAAUCGACUCGCGAGGGCUUCUCAUAGCUGCCGACCUUUCUGCGCGCAGGGUACAGCGGUUGACGUCAGGAAACGUCCUCAAUGGCAUCGACGUGGAUGAGUUCGUGUCCAAGUGCAUAACCUACAUGCUCCAGGGCCGUGGUAUUGGGGAUGACAAUGCGCCAGAACUUUCCAGCACCCAGCGGCAACGAAGACAGCCAAACCGAGGUGCGUUGGGGAGUGAUGAUGAGGAUGGCAUUGGUGACGAUGGCGACAUGCUGAACUGGGAGCACCUGGGCCGUUACGCCGCAAUACCUAGCGUGCGGCGCCCAGCCGUCCCCGGCUUCCUGCUCGGGCCCUUGUCGGUCGAGAAGAAGACCCGCAAAGUCACCCAGAGAAUGCCGCUGCUCAAGAUCAAUAGUCUUAAGGAGGUUAGGCCGGAGGUGCUGAACGCGGAAGAUCUCGCCAAGUCAGAGAAGAACGACCUCACGGCAAUCUGCAGAAAAAUCCGGAAACGGCUGCAGACGGUGCAAGAAGAAGCACAGGAUGCGGUAGAAGACGCCGUUGAUGACGACAUGACGGAGGAGGAGACUCGGAAGUUGAUGGACCAGCACUCCCUUCGGGAUACCGGCGGCGUUGAUCUCAUGAGAUUCGUUGUAAAUCCCCAUUCAUUCGGCCAGACCGUGGAGAACAUGUUCUACGUCAGCUUUCUCAUUCGAGAUGGCUAUGUCAAGGUAGACUUUGACAAGAACGGUCUCCCCGCCCUUGAAUACAUUGAGAAGGACGAGUCAGAAGCCGGAAACCCAAGACAUGGAGCCAUGAGACACCAGGCUGUUAUGUCCAUUGAUAUGACGACAUGGCGUGAUAUUGUCGAUGCUUUUGAUAUCAGAGAGCCCAUGAUCGAGCAUCGACGAGAGCACACAGAGUCUGGCCCAGGGGCAAGGGGCUGGUAUAGUUAG